UCAACCAAAACAUCUGCUUAGUUUCUUCUUUAAGUAUUUUCUUUUUGCAAUGGAAAGGAAGGUGAGUAGGGGUAGGCAAAAGAUUGAGAUGAAGUUGGUUGAAUGUAAAGAAUCACGCUACGUUACCUUUUCAAAAAGGAAACAAAGCCUGUUCAUGAAAGCGGAUAAGCUUUCAACUUUGAUGGGAGCAGAUGUUGGCGUUCUCCUCUUUUCACCUAGUGGAAAGACAUAUUCCUAUGGCUCCACUAGUAUCGAAAAUAUAAUUAAUAGAUUCCUGGAAUGGAGGCUAGAUAAUCCCCAUGUUGUUGAUCAACCUGAUGUGGGGAAGGCCUUUGAUGAUCUCUAUGAAGAAUUUCAGGUAGUGAACGAGAAGAAAGAAAGUCGAAAAAGAAGGUAUGAGAUCUUGUAUCCUGGUUCAGAAAUACCGCCUGAUAAACGCAGGUUGGAGCAGUUGGUAGCACUCAAGUUGCGGCUGGACAAAAUAAAAAAAGAUGCAAAAAAUAAUAUUCUGGCUGAGCGAGCCAAAUUGGAUUUGAAUAUUGUCCCGGAUCUAUAUGAGGGGGAGAGUUCUGGAACUAUGAAGCAAUGCUAAUUGGAGUUCUUGAAUUUGAAACUAGUCUUAGGAGGAGAAUUUACCAGUGCAACUAUCGAGUCUUUUAAUUAAUCAAUUAUGUAGUCGUCUUUGUUGUCAUGUUAGUUGUCGUAAGUCUUCAAUCAUUAGGAAAAAUGUUAUGUAGUUCUUAUGUUUUUUUGUGCUUCAUGCAAAUCUAAUAUAAUAAACUCUUCUGUGAUAACAAAA